GCGAACGACAUCACCACGGAGGAGAAGAAGCGAGCCACCCUCCUGAGCUCUUGUGGCAAGAGCGUGUUCGAUGUCGCCAGGUCUCUGGUGGCACCAGCGGACAUCGGAACAGUGCCGUUCAAAGAGCUGACGGAGAAGUUGAAGGCACACUUCUCCCCGCAACCGUCGGAGAUCGCUAGCCGGCACGCGUUCUUCAAGAGGAACCAAGCGCCCAACGAGACCGUGUCCGAUUUUGUAGCGGCUCUACGUAAAGCGGCCAGACCGUGUAACUUCGCCGACGUAGAGGAGGCCCUGCGAGACAGGCUGGUGUGUGGCAUGCGGGACGAGCGUCUGCAGCAGCGCCUGUUCGCAACGGCGAAACUGACCUGGGCCGACGCCUACAAUGAAGCCAUCGCAGCGGAGACAGCGGACAAAUCGACCCGUGAGCCCAGGAAGCAACGUUCCCGAGCCACACAGCAUGAAACCAGCUGCCAGGUCGUACGAUCAAGCGCACCUUCGGUCCAACGAAUCGGAGGCACCGGCAAGAUCAACGUGACGGUCCAUCUAGACGGCGUUCCGUGUGGCAUGGAGGUCGACUCGGGAUCGUCGGUGACCUCAUUGUUGGUGGCUGAGGGGAACAGAGUGAAUUUGCUGGGGCUUGACUGGUUUGAACCGUUGGGAAUUGCUAUUUCUGGCAUUAAUAGUGUAACGAAGAAUAAAUGGGCUGUACUGUAUAAGGAAUUUACUGAUGUGUUUGGGGGUGGCCUGGGAAAAUAUACGGGACCCCCAGUAGCGUUUGAACUUGAUCCUGCCGUGAGGCCGGUUCGCCUCAAGUAUAGGAAGGUUCCCAUUCCUCUUAAGCCCAGAAUCGAAGCAGAGCUGGACAAGCUCAUCGAGCAGGGCGUGUUAGAGCCAGUUCCCUUCAGUCGGUGGGAGACCCCCAUUGUAACCCCUGUUAAGCCGGACGGGUCAGUACGCAUCUGUGCUGACUACAAAUGCACCAUAAAUCGGGCAUUGCAACAGCACUCGUACCCAGUACCGGUAAUUAGCCAUGUCUGGGCAUCGUUGGGGGGGGGAAAAGUCUUUGCGAAGUUCGACUUGGCCCAGGCUGACCAGCAGCUUCCCGUGACCAAGGAAGCUGCUGAAGCACAGACCAUUGUGACACACAGGGGGGCGUUCAAAGUAAACAGGCUCCAAUUUGGUGUGAAUGUGGCCCCAGGGAUUUUUCAGAGUCUCAUGGAAGGGCUGUUGAGGGGGGUACCAGGAACGGUCCCUUAUUUUGAUGACGUUCUCAUUGCUGGAAGAUCCGAUGAGGAACUUACACUCAGAGAAGUGCUCAAGCGUUUCCGUAAGGCCGGAUUGAAAGUAAAACAAUCCAAAUGUUUGAUAGGGGUGGAUAGCGUGGAAUUCCUGGGGUUCAGAGUGGACCAAAAUGGCGUACACCCCACAGACGAGAAGGUGAGAGCUAUAAAAAAUGCCCCUUGCCCCGACGCAAAAUGGCGGUGGGGUGCUGAACAAAAAAAGGCGUUUGAAGGGGUGAAAUCGUUGUUGUCAUCAAAUGCAGUGUUGACCCAUUACGAUGACCAGAAAUUGUUGGUCUUGGCCGCAGAUGCCUCUCCUUAUGGGGUGGGGGCGGUAUUAAGUCAUGUAAUGGAAGACGGGCGGGAGGCCCCCGUCGCGUUUUAUUCAAAGUCACUGAGUGAAACUGAAAAGAACUAUGCCCAGAUCGAUAAAGAGGGACUGGCGCUCGUUUCUGCAGUAAAGAAAUUCCACGAUUUCUUGUAUGGCAGACAUUUCCUACUUGUGACGGACCACAAGCCGCUGCUUGGGAUCUUUGCCCCGGACCGGCAACUCCCAAGCAUAAUGUCUGCCAGAAUGCUCCGUUGGGCCUUGUUUUUGUCGGCCUAUGACUAUGACCUGGAGCACCGGCCGGGCAAGGCCAUCGGACAUGCGGACGCAUUAAUUCUUAACUGGGUUUGGAGGGGGUGGCCGAUGGGUGCUAUGGAGCCGGAAUUUCGCAUGUACAAAGCGCGCCAAAACGAGCUGUCUGUGUCUAAGGGCUGUUUACUGUGGGGAAACCGGGUGGUGGUGCCUCACUGCCUCAGACAAAAAGUGCUGAAAUCACUCCAUGAGGGCCAUCCAGGCAUGGUCCACAUGAAGGCACUGGCCCGUGGUUAUGUGUGGUGGCCCGGGCUUGAUGCGGAAAUCGAGGAUUGGGUCAGAGUGUGUGAGCCCUGUCAGCAGGCUAGGCCUGAGCCGUCAACCGCCACUCCGCAGCGUUGGGAGUCGGCGGGAAAACCUUGGUCGAGGCUCCACCUAGAUUUUGCGGGGCCAGUUCAGGGACAAAUGUUCCUUAUUAUUGUUGAUGCGUAUACGAAAUGGUUGGAGGUUGCGCACAUGCAUUCCACCACUUCCGGGUCUGUCAUCAAUGUGCUGCGGCGCCUGUUUGCGACCCAUGGUAUACCCGAUGUAUUGGUCAGUGAUAACGGGACGCAAUUUACAUCUAUGGAGUUUGAAAAAUUUCUGGCUGAUAACGGAAUCAGGCAGAUUACAUCGGCCCCAUUCCACCCGGCUUCGAAUGGCCAGGCGGAAAGAAUGGUAAGAACCACCAAAGAAGCACUGAGUAAAUUGGUUUAUGGUGACUGGGGGGUAAAGCUAGCUUCGUUCUUGCUCAGACAGCAUGUUACCCCUUGUUCAGCAACUGGCCGCAGCUCCAAAAUUAACCCUGCUGACCCCGAGAGCAGCAGAGCUUGCCACGACUUUUCCUCCGCCGCCGCUGUUCCUGAGCUACUCCAGCCACGUGGCCGCAGCGCAAUGGCGACCACCCAGAGCAACAUCGCCGCUUUCGACAUCUCCCACCCCACUGAGUGGGAGACCUGGAUCGAAAUCCUGGAAAACUAUUUUGACUGCCACGGCAUCACGGACGAGGGGAAGAAAAAAGCUCACUUCUUACAGUUGUGCGGCAUGGGCACCAUUCUACUGCUUAAGGACCUCAUCUCACCCAAAAAGACAAAGGAGUGUUGGUGA